GCUUUAAGAAGAGUCACGCAUGCGCAGUUCAGUUCUCAAGCAGGAAGCUCGGGCGCGGGGUCCCAGGUUUCUUACGUGCAAAAGUAAAGACGAAAUACGAAAAGGUGGGAGCAUGAAGGUUCAGAGAAUUGUGCUGGCAUCUAGGCCAGGAAAUGAUGGGGAGCCAGCAACCGAAAACUUCCGUCUGGAGGAAACAGAUCUCGCAGAGGAGCUCUCGGAUGGGCAAGUCAUGGCCCAAACCUUGUAUAUUUCUGUGGAUCCUUAUCUGCGUUGCCGCAUGAAUGAAGACACGGGAACAGAUUAUAUCUGUUAUAUAUUUUCGUGGAAAAUCUCGGAUGUGCUGGACAGUGGUGGUAUUGGAGUGGUGGAGCAAAGUAGACACAUCCACAUUCAACCAGGGGAUGUAGUUUCAAGCUUCCUCUGGCCCUGGCAGACAAAAUGUGUAUUGGAAGGCAAAUCUCUGACAAAGCUGGACCCUAGUCUGGUGGAUGGGCAUCUGUCACAUUUUCUGGGCGCAGUCGGGUUAACUGGUUUGACCGCGUUCCUCGGUGUGAAAGAGAAGGGUCAUGUGGUUCCUGCCGCUAAUCAGACGAUGGUUGUUAGUGGCGCUGCUGGAGCGUGUGGAUCAUUGGCCGGACAGAUUGGACGAUUCCUCGGCUGCGCUCGCGUUGUUGGAAUUUGUGGGACGGAUGAGAAAUGUUCAGUACUGACCUCAGAGUUGGGUUUUGAUGCUGCCUUGAAUUACAAGGAAAAGGUUCUUGCGGACAAGUUAAGAUCCUGCUGUCCUGACGGAGUGGAUGUGUACUUUGACAAUGUCGGCGGAGAAAUCAGCGAUGUUGUAAUCAGUCAGAUGACGAGGGACAGCCAUAUCAUUUUAUGCGGUCAGAUCUCACAAUACAAUAAGGAUGUUCCUUAUCCACCACCUCUGCCUCCUCAGACUGAGGCCACCCUGAAAGAGCGCAAUAUCACAAGGGAAAGAUUUAUGGUCUUGAACUAUGCAGAUCAACAUGAAAUGGGUGUUCAGCAGCUCAGUCAGUGGUUGAAAACCGGACAAUUGAAGGUUAAGGAGACUGUGGUUCAAGGAAUUGAGAAUACGGCAGGCGCCUUUGUGUCCAUGAUGAAAGGUGGAAAUCUAGGGAAACAGAUUGUAGAACUAUCUGGAUGAAUCCUGCACCUUAAUAAACAACUCGUACAAUCA